AUGCCCGCCCCAUGGCGCCGCGGGGUGUAUGAAAAGGUGGAAUAUGUUGUAGUGGAAAGGGACGGUGUCCAGUAUGAGAGGGGAUUGGCGGGAGAAGAGCCUACGGCCACUGUGAACGCAAAACGCGACGAGCCAAGUCCUACAGACGCAGACUACGACAGCGAUUCUGAUGAAGACGACUACCCUGAGAAGCCGAACAUGACAGCUAUGACAACAGCAUCUCUUACGAUACCGACAGGAACUCCAGCUCUUCUGAUUACCAUGACUCUCGGUGACGAGCCACAAGCCACACCUGCCCUCGCCGACAAUGACCCUACCGAGACCAUCGUGAUCGCUAUGCCACCCCCACCGCCUAGACCUCAUCAUGAUCGCCCUAUCUCCCAAACGACUGAGCAUUUGCUCAUUGCUGCCGGCUCCAUUGGUGCGACUAUCAUCAUCGUCAUGGUAGUUCUUGCCAUGUACACCAUGCGCAAGCGAGGUCUUACUUUCAAGGACGUACUUCAACAGGGAAAGCAGCAACUUCGCCGCGGAUCCCCACCACCACCACCGCAAUCGAGAUACGGCCUGGACAAGAAGAACUUUGACGAUGAAUACACAUAUGGCAUGAACGACUCGUUCAAUGCCCCUCAACCCACAGUCGCGCCUAAGCGAUCUUCUUCACUCUCUUCGCAGAAACGGCUUCAACCUCUCGGGCGGAGUGACAGCUUCAAUCAGCCUCCGACUAGGGAUGGAACCCAGAGCUUCUACGAUGACACACCAUCAAUUUCGAACUCACAUCGUCGCAAUGAUAGCGCAACACCAUCAUCACCUGUUCUGCCCAUAGAGGGGCAACGACGAAGUGCGUCGACUCGCAACACAAGAUCAAUGGACGGUGACGAGGAAUCGUUGCGUUUCCCCGACCCUUCGCAGGAGCAUUCCAGAAACCUCCCGCCUCCUCCAACAUUCCGCCAGUUCCUCUCGAACAGACCUUCCAUAUCUCAACGACCUGGUUUCGGUGGUGCUUCUGCGGCUGCUGCAGGAGGUGGUUUUGCAAGUAGGUUCAGCUGGACAAACUCGCAGGCCCCUCAAACCCCACAUGAUCCCUCUCGCGACACUGCCACUCAGCCACUUGGUCGUGAUAGCUUCAUGACAUCCCGUUCUUCCGUUCCACGUUUCCGCACAGUAGACUCUUGGGUGAACCAGCAAUCCAACCGCGUCGAAGAACAACGCCUCAAGCAGCAGUUCCGCAUGACGCAGUCCACCACUUACUCCGAUGAUGAGGUGCCUGAAAUGCCCGCACUACCAUCCGGCGUGCCCAAGAACGCGAGCGGCAUAACUAGACAACCCAGUGCUGCAGGCUUGAGCCGCAAUGGCAGCAAGAGCGGUCUGGUAGGGAGGGACAUCAAGCACCAGAGGCACGAUACACAGACUACGGCUCCUAUCUUCAAGGCACACCCAGGCACUGAAGUGCGCUUCAGCACACGCAGCGCUGUACCUUCUGAGAUCCUGGAUAGGGGACGAGACAAUUUCGCGCUAUAAGCAUUACGGCCCACCAUCGUCGUCAACACUUUUGUAUCUAUCUCGUGCAGCCAACACGACACCAACAUUUGCUAGCUCCUCUUUCGAGAAAUUUCCUUGCUACUACCCCGUCAUCGUCAAGCGUUGUCCGUUUACCAGCACAAGCAUGUUUUUGCAUUUCUGAGCGCGGCAUUUGGGGGAAAAGGGGAACUCAGGGUUUGGGUCACAAAAGCGCGGGACAAACAGCUCACACAAACUGGAAACCUGGGGACAAGAAGAACGACAACAAACGAACCCUCAUCCGCACAAACCUUGUCAGCCAAAGCCGCCAAGUGCUAUCCCUUUUUGUAUAUCGCAAUUUCUUGCUUUCAAGCUUCAGCUAUCAAAUAUCCUGUAGAGUUCCAUCUCGCAAACCUAGUAAUAUCCACAUAAAUUUGGCCUUUCUACCCGAAAGGUCUGUGCC